GACUCUAUUCGGAUGUUUGUGUACAAUGAUAUGAACGAUAUGAGUUAGGGAAGUCGGCUUGGAGAGGUGCGUUAUUGAGGAAGUGUGAACGAGUCAGAUUUAGACACAAACGAUCAAACUGUGCAACUCACAUGACGAAGAGCACAGGAGGAGCCUCGCCCUGCCCUGUUUAGUUUGCAUUUACAUUUAGUCACUUAGCAGAGGCUUUUAUCCACGUUAUUAUUUUUCCUGAUUAAACUUAUCAUAAAUGCACCUUUAGCAUCCGUCUCUGCGUCCCAGCUUUCUCCUACACAUCAUGGCCUCUCGUAAGAAGGUGCUGCUCAAAGUGAUCAUCCUAGGGGAUUCUGGAGUUGGGAAGACCUCUUUGAUGAACCAGUAUGUGAAUAAUAAGUUCAGUAAUCAGUAUAAGGCCACUAUUGGAGCCGACUUCCUGACUAAGGAGGUGAUGGUGGACGACAGACUGGUCACCAUGCAGAUUUGGGACACGGCGGGACAGGAGCGCUUUCAGUCUCUGGGCGUGGCGUUCUACAGAGGGGCGGACUGUUGCGUGCUGGUGUACGACGUCACGGCACCAACUACAUUCAAGACUAUGGACAGCUGGAGGGACGAGUUUCUCAUUCAGGCCAGUCCUCGUGACCCGGAGAACUUCCCCUUUGUUGUGCUGGGCAACAAAAUCGACCUGGAGAACCGGCAGGUAACGACAAAGCGAGCGCAAGCGUGGUGUCAGAGUAAGAACAACAUCCCCUAUUUUGAGACCAGUGCCAAAGAAGCCAUUAACGUGGAGCAGGCCUUCCAAACUAUCGCUCGCAAUGCACUUAAACAGGAGUCAGUGGAGACGUAUGAUUUCCCUGACCAGAUUAAACUAAGAAACGACAAACCGGUGUCUAGCAGUGAUGGCUGCAGCUGCUGAAGGAAAGACUAAACUGGGGAAGGCAAGA